AUGCCUUACUGGCAUUUUUUCAAGUCGCUUGCAUUCGGAAGCACAAACCCUGAUGAACAGCCAAAACUGGCAACAAUGGCCAUGGAGAUUGCUUUGGAACAGAGACAGGAUUUCACAAGCGCACAUAUCGUUGCUGGGAUACUGCGAGCUAACAUCAAUGCUCGAUUUUGGCGCACAAUUCUUGAAUGUGUAAGAGCAUAUAAACGGACAAAUCUCCUUUUGUUUGACCAGCACCCAUACUUUCGUUUGCGGGUAGAUGAACCGGUGUACUAUUGGACCUUGGAGAAGAGCCGCAGAUAUUUCUUGAUUUGCAACUAUCAUCAGUCAGAUUCCACCGAGAGUGUUCCAAAGAUCAGUGUGCAGGACAUUCUCCUAGGACGUGGUGGUACACUACCCUAUGGAGAAUUUGAGGCUCUUUCAUGGAGGUCUAGCAUACCGCCCUACUACAACUACAUGGUAAGCUGUAAGAUGCAAGCACCACGACUUACAGUGGGAAGGAAGAGGCGCGUGCAUCAAGAGGAACAACAUUUUAUUUGA